AUGAAGAGACAUAAGUGUACCUACAAAUGUCCCACAAGAAAGAAGAUUCUGAUCCUGUGUUUUACAGGGUGGCUGCUUGCACUGCUGAAGCUCCUGCAUGUCGAAAGACUCUUUUUUCCACAUAAGGGCAUUUAUUUGGUUGAAUGCUUCCUAAGCACUUCUUCUUUUGUUAGAAACAGAUAUUCCUAUCUUAGAAAUGACUUCCAUUAUGAAAUUAAUUGUUCAUCUAUAUAUGAACAAGAGCCUGGUGAAAUUGGCAAGAGCUUAGAGAUAAGAAGAAAAUACAUAAUUGAUUUAGAUGAUGAAGACAUUGUAGCACUUAGGAAAUACCAUCUAAAGCCUGUUUCUGCAGAGGAAGAGAAUUUUCCAUUAGCCUAUUCUUUGGUUGUUCGUAAAGAUGCAGUAAUGGUAGAAAGGCUUAUACAUUCACUGUAUAGCCAUCAAAAUAUAUACUGCAUCUAUUAUGACCAAAAAGCAGCAAAAAGCUUCAAAUCUGCUAUGAACAAUCUAGCUAAAUGUUUCCCCAAUAUUUUCAUUGCAUCAAAAUUGGAAACGGUGGAGUAUGCACAUAUUUCAAGGAUGCAGGCAGAUUUCAAUUGUUUGUCUGAUUUGAUGGACUCCUCAGUUCCCUGGAAGUAUGUUAUUAAUUUGUGUGGCCAAGAUUUCCCUCUGAGGUCGAAUUUCCAGUUGGUUGCUGAACUGAAAAAACUCAGUGGGGGAAAUAUGCUGGAAACUAUAAAGCCAAGCAGUAGCAAAAGAGAACGAUUUAUUUAUCACUAUGAACUAAUGAAAGUGCCUUAUGAAUACAUGCAGAUGCCUGUAAAAACCAACAUUUCCAAGAAUCCACCACCCCAUAAUAUUGAGGUUUUUGUAGGCAGUGCCUAUUUUGUUUUAAGUCGAGAAUUUAUUCGAUAUACCCUUGAAAACUCCCUUGCAAAAGAUUUUUUUGAUUGGUCAAGGGACACUUACUCUCCGGAUGAACAUAUAUGGGCCACUCUUGCACGUGUUCCUGGGGUCCAUGGGGAAAUCCCAAGGUCGGCGCAGGAUAUAACAGAUUUCCAAAGCACAACUCGUUUGGUGAAAUGGAAUUAUCUUGAAGAUCACUUGUAUCCCCCAUGCACAGGCACCCACCUUCACAGUGUGCGCAUCUAUGGGGCUGCAGAAUUACGAUGGCUUAUGAAUUAUGGGCAUUGGUUUGCCAAUAAAUUUGACUCCAAAGUAGACCCUGUCUUAAUAAAAUGCUUAGCAGGAAAGCUGGCAGAACAACAGAAGGAAUGUGUUCGCUUGUCCUCUGAUAGCUAUUUUCUGCACAGAAGUUCUGUGAAUGUGUCACGAUAGUAGCACUGUAUUCCCUACUACUGCCAGUACUGUGUACUGUUAUAGAACAGGGCCUGAAGCUGCUC